UGUCAAACUGUCAGCAGCUGUUGAGAUCGUGAAUAAGACAGCACGUGAAACACACCCAGAACAAUCUCCAGGUCCCGGUCCAGAGGGGGUACUGACCCGGUAAAGACAGACAGGUCGGAUCGGAACCUUUGGACGGAGCGACCCGGUUGGACCGGCCCGACCCGAGCUGGGUAGCGGACCCUCGGAGCCUCCUGGGGUUUCAGGGGGAUUUGGGAAGGAGACGGUUCGGACGGGAGAGACGCUCUGUACCGGUUCAGUUCGGUUGGACGACCCUGAACAUGCUGAUAGCAGCAGUCGGCACCGGUCCGGUAAGUGCUGCCUCCACUGGCAAGAAACAUCGACGGAGAGGCAAAAAAAACCGGAAAGUCCGACCUGACACCAACCGGCCUGACGAGUUUUGUGACCCCCAAAAUCUGGACCCAAAUGCUACCACCCCCCAAACACCUCCAAAGAGUUUCCAAAAGACAGACCACCUGGCCCCACAAAGUAGUGCAGAGCCAAGUCCAGCAGCUGGUCAAGCAGCCGGUCCAGAGGAUUCACAUGAAACCAACACGUUACCCUCCCAGAGUUCUCCCUAUGACCCCGACCAGACACCACUCUCUGAGGACACAGCUGAAGCUCCUGAAACCUCUCUGAAAAGCUCAGAGGUUCUCAGCAAAUCCUUUUCUAGUGCUUCAGAAAGCCCCGCCCACAGUCACAGCCAAUCACUGCAAACUGUUAACCAGAACAUUUUUCAGACUGCCUCCAGAUCUCCACACAGAACUCAGACGGACGUCUUCAGGCCUUGUCCUCACAAUGCCACCUACAAUGUCUAUGAAGCAGCCAGAGCUCUGCCUGCUUCUCUAAUAAGCCCCACCCACUCGGACCCUUUCCUCCUGACCACAGUGACAUUCACCUCUAAUGUGUCCCCCCACCUUUCUUCCCCCUUGUGCUCCUCCUCCACCUCCCUUCUCCGCUCUCUGGACUUUCCCUGCCCUCCACUUAAUAAGUUGCCUCCUAUUAUGUCAUCAGCUGCCAAUUCUUUUAACCAAUCCCUUCCUGCACAGACCCCGCCUCCCCUGGAAUUAACGCCACCCCCUCCAACAUUAACCCCACCCCCUGCUCAGUUGCUGGGCUCUGAUGAUGAGGAGCAGGAAGACCCAUCAGAUUACUGUAAAGGUGGUUACUACCCAGUGAAGAUCGGGGACCUGUUUAACGGGCGCUACCACGUGGUCAGGAAGCUGGGCUGGGGACACUUUUCUACAGUGUGGCUCUGCUGGGACCUACAGAAGAAGCGCUUUGUGGCGUUGAAGGUGGUGAAAAGUGCUCCUCAUUACACCGAGACGGCUCUGGAUGAGAUCAAACUCCUCCGAUGUGUAAGGGACAGUGACCCAUCCGACCCCUACAGGGAAACAGUCGUUCAACUCAUUGAUGACUUCAAAAUUUCUGGAAUUAGUGGUGUUCACGUCUGCAUGGUUCUGGAAGUUUUGGGUCAUCAAUUGUUAAAAUGGAUCAUCAAGUCGAACUAUAUGGGACUUCCUCUGGUCUGCGUCAAGACCAUCGUCAGACAGGUCCUGCAGGGACUCGACUACCUCCACACCAAGUGUAAGAUCAUCCACACCGACAUCAAGCCAGAGAACAUCUUAUUGGUUGUUGACGAGGUUUACGUCAGAAGAUUGGCAGCUGAGGCUACUAUCUGGCAGAGGACUGGAGCUCCACCCCCUUCCGGGUCAUCAGUUAGCAUGGCUCCCAGGGAUAUACAGGUUGGGAAAAUGUCUAAAAACAAGAAGAAGAAGUUAAAAAGAAAAGCCAAACGUCAGCAGAGACUGUUGGAGGAGAGGCUUGUUGAUUUACAGAGGAUGGAGGAAGAGGAAGGUCUGCUGCAGCCUGAUGACAUAGAUACCUGUUUAGCAGUUGUCAACGGCAACACUUCCUGCUCCACAGCCAAUAGCAAAACCAGUCCAGAUUCGAGCUCCUUCUGGUUGGAGGACAGGUGUAAUUGCCAUGCCCCUGGACGUUUCUGUAGUCCCGCCUCUGGCCUAUCAGGAUUCUCCAGCUCUGUGGUGUCAGCAACGUCUGAAUCUGCACUUUCUACUCAGUCAGGAUGCUCGAGUGGACCCGACGUCUUCAGCUCCUCAGACUUUGUCAUCAGUCCUCUGGAUCCUCAGAACGCCAACCGGCUCCGGGUGAAGAUCGCUGACCUGGGAAACGCAUGCUGGGUGCACAAACACUUCACCGAGGACAUCCAGACGAGGCAGUACCGAGCGCUGGAGGUUCUGAUCGGAGCGGAGUACGGCCCACCGGCCGACAUCUGGAGCACCGCCUGCAUGGCCUUCGAGCUGGCAACAGGAGAUUAUCUGUUUGAGCCUCAUUCAGGAGAAGACUACACCAGAGACGAAGAUCACAUCGCUCACAUCAUGGAGCUGCUCGGGCCCAUCCCUGUGCCCUUCGCUCUGUCUGGCAGGUACUCCAGAGAGUACUUCACCAGGACAGGUGAGCUGCGUCACAUCUCCAGCCUGAAGCCGUGGGGUUUGUUUGAGGUCCUGCUGGAAAAGUAUGAGUGGCCGUUGGACCAGGCGGCUCAGUUCAGCGACUUCCUGCUCACCAUGUUGGAUCUGCAGCCGGACCGGCGAGCCACGGCGGCACAGUGUCUGCAGCACACAUGGCUGCAGUCCUAAACCACACAGGAAGCCACGCCCAUCAGGAGAGCUGCCUGACAGUUGAUCGAUUGAUCGGUGGAGCGUCAUCAUCGCUGAGGCUGGAUCUAAAUAUCCCCUCUGGACCUGAGCCACAAACACCUCAACACCUCUCACCUGAACGAAGAACACCUGAUCUUACCUGUCCAUGUGUUGAUGGUUUUAGAAGCAAGGUUCUGUUGAGGGAGUCCAGUUUAACUUCAGAGUUCUUCCUGUCGUCUCCCCACUGGACUUCCUGUCUCGCUAUUUAACUUCCUGUUGGUCUGAACAUGUGAUGCCGCUCCAAUUAGGGCUGGUGUUCCUCAGAGGUGGAGUUCAGCUCCUCUGGUUUAUUGAUUGGUUUUCUAUAGUUUUAUUGUUAUUUUUUCUGAAGAAGACACAAAUAAAUCUGUAGUCUUCAUUUUCAGGUAUUCCAGAAUAUCAUCUUAUGUAAUCAGAUUUCAGCUUGUCAUGAAAUCCUGACGAAUCGAUGUAAUAUCAGCUGUUAACAUCUGUUGCCAAGCAACUGUUUGUAUGUUUCACCUGUUAUUUAUAAAUGUCUCUGACUGAAACCACAGAGAAACCUGCAUUUAUCUUUAAAAACAGGAAGUGAUGUUAUCGGUUGUUAUCAAUCAAGUCGACUUCAGUAAACCUGCUGAUGUAUUUGGUGGUGGGAAGAGCUAGGAAUGGCCACCUGGAAAUGGCUCGGAUCAGUCCUCAUCCUGGUUGCUAUGGUAACAGGGAUGGGUCCGGCCCACAGACGCUGCUUAUCUGCACAUUCAGACAGAAGCGGUCAGACGGGGGAACUGCCAGGCCUGUGCAGAUACUGGGGUCCACCCUUAGGGUGACUUCUGUUCCAACCUUUGACCUCCAGCUGACAGAUUGAUUGACAGAUGCUGGUGAAAUGUUUUGUUUUUGACUUCCUAUUGGUGAUUUUUAUAUGUAACUGUCACUUUCUGCUGAACCUGUUAAAGGAUAAUUGAUUAUUGAUUAUUGAUUAUUGAUCAGACUUCUGGGCAUAAUGAAUAACUUUGAUGGAGGUAUUGACCACAUAUUGAUAUUGUAGCUGAAGAAGUGGCGGCGUCGUCCUCAUCACCUGUUUCUAUGUACUAUAAGAAAUAGUGCCUUGAAAGGACAAAACCGCUGAUGUAAUGACUUUUUUUCUACACGUGUCUUUGAAAAUAAAGAUAGAUGAAAGCUUA